CAACGCUGGGCAGCCUGUGUCUUACAGAGAGAUUUAGAGCUCAGAGACAGAGAAACAUUGAGGUAAAACAUUAUCAGGAGUGUAGGAAAGCUGUCAUCAAACUCCAAGCUGCUUUCCGUGGCAUGAAAUCCAGGAGAAUCCUCAAACAAAGGCAUCAUGCUGCCAGUAUUAUCCAGAGAGGUUACAGAACAUACAGUGAACACAAGCAGUAUCUGACUUUGAAAUCCUCCGUCAUCACCAUUCAGCGGAGGUAUCGGGCCACUGUAGCCGCAAAGGAGCAUAUGCAAAAAUACCAAAAAAUGCGCAGUGCUGCUGUUGUCCUCCAGGCAGCAUACAGAGGCCAGCAGGUCAGAGAAGAGGUUUCUUGUUGGCAUCAGGCUGCCACCGUGAUCCAGUCAGCAUUCAGAAAGCACAGAGAGGAAGUCAAGUUCCAGGCCAUGCAUCUUUCUGCCAUUAUCAUCCAGAGAUACUAUCGCGCCUGUAUUCUUCAGAGGCAAGAAAGGGAAAGGUACCUAAAAAUGAGACAUUCUGCCAUUAUUCUUCAGGCAGCUUUCAGAGGUCAUCGAGUGCGAACCAACAUUGCCAAGAUGCACAGGGCCGCAACUGUCAUCCAAGCAAACCUCAAGAGACAUAAACAGCAGUCAGCCUUCAGGAAGCAACGCUGGGCGCAGUCGCAGCCAUCAUUGUCCAGCAGCAAUACAGAGGCCAGCGGUCAGAAAGGAGGUUGCCGGUUGGCAUCAGGCUGCCACUGUGAUCCAGUCAGCAUUCGAAAGCACAGAGAGGAAGUCAAAUUCCAGGCCCUGCGCCUGUCCGCCAUUAUCAUCCAGAGAUACUAUCGCGCCUGUAUUCUUCAGAGGUACUUGAAAGAGCCAAGGCGAGAGCAGCGCUCCGUUUUACAUCGGCCAUCUUCCACCACUCUGUGCCAUAAAGAUCCAGCAGCUCUGAGAGCACACUGGGCUUUGGAGUCGGCCAAAGACAAAUCCAUUCUGUCGUCACCAUCCAGGCUUUGUGAGAGGACACUGCUCCCGUCAACUGAUGACAAUGCCAAGUAG